CGAAUUCGGGUCACGGUCGUGCAAAAAUGGCACUAUAGACGCUUUAGAUCGGCUGCAGUGCCGCCCUCUGCUCGCACGCUCGAGGAAAGGGUCUCGCGCCCCCUGACAAGCUGUCAUUCAAUCCUUUUUGGCGGCGUGCACGCGCUCGCCCUCGCGGGGUUCCACCACAGUCCGCUCUUCCCUCGCGGGGUCCCUGAUAGAGUCGCGCUUCACCGGAGGGACAGGGAGGCAGCGACUGGGAGACGGAGACGGGAGGAGCGGGCGGAACUAAGAGGGAUAAAGACACCAACUAUCAGCUGGAAUCCAGAUAAAAUCCCUGGCCCUGCCACGGCCAACCAUCAUUUCACACCGGAUUUAAUCCGCCCACGACAAGCCACCGACUGAUGUAAGAGGGAGGGAGGAAAGGAAAAUCGUUUCGGAAAGGAGAUGCUUCUGCUGUCUGAAGAUAUUUCAUGUUGAACUGACGUGAGCAGCCAUGACGAAAUCCUACGAGUUCAACUGGCAGAAGCAGGUCCCGGCCUUUCUGCAGGAGGGGGCCUCCUUCGACAGGUUUGAGGAGGAUCCGUUUGUGUUUGAAGCGAACUGCCUGUUUAAAGUCGACGAGUUCGGCUUCUUCAUCACGUGGAAGAGCGAAGGAAAGGAGGGACAGGUCUUAGAGUGCUCUCUGAUCAACAGCAUCCGCACGGGACCCUUUCCCAAGGACCCUAAGAUCCUGCUGUCACUGGAGGCUGCUGGGAAGCCCGAGAGCGAGCUGGAGGGCUGCAUGAUCUGCGUGUGCAGCGGCACCGACCUGGUCAACCUCACCUUCACCUACAUGGUGGCCGACAGCCCCGACGUUGCCAAGCGAUGGACGGAAGGCUUGAAGUCGGUGAUUCACAACUUCAAAGCGAACAACGUGUGUCCCAUGACCUGUCUGAAGAAACACUGGAUGAGGUUGACGUUUCUGACAAACGUGAGCGGAAAGAUCCCAGUGAGAAGCAUCACAAGGACCUUCGCCUCUGGGAAGACGGAGAAGGGCAUCUUCCAGGCCCUGAAGGACCUGGGCCUUCCCAGCGGAAAGAAUGAAGAAAUUGAGCACUCAGUGUUCACCUUCGACAUCUUCUACGCCCUCAUCCAGAAGAUCUGUCCCAGAACCGAUAUAGAAGAGCUAUUCAAGAAGAUCAACGGAGACAAAACUGAUUAUUUAAGCGUAGACCAAUUAGUCAGCUUUCUGAAUGAACACCAACGGGACCCGCGCCUGAACGAGAUCCUAUUUCCGUUCUAUGAUCACAAACGAGCCAUGCAGAUCAUAGACAAGUAUGAGAGGGACCCAGAACUCAAGAAGAAAGGCCGCAUGUCGAGCGACGGGUUCUGCCGGUACCUGAUGUCGGACGAGAACGCGCCGGUGUUCCUGGACCGGCUGGAGCUGUACCAGGAGAUGGACCAGCCGCUGGCCCACUACUUCAUAAGCUCCUCCCACAACACCUACCUGACGGGCCGCCAGUUUGGGGGGAAGUCCUCCGUGGAGAUGUACCGACAGGUGCUGCUCUCAGGGUGCAGGUGUGUGGAGCUGGAUUGUUGGGAUGGGAAGGGGGAAGACCAGGAGCCGAUUAUUACGCACGGAAAAGCCAUGUGCACCGACAUCCUCUUCAAGGAUGUCAUUCAGGCCAUUAGAGAGACGGCGUUUGUGACCUCUGAUUACCCCGUGAUUCUGUCCUUCGAAAACCACUGCAGUAAGCCGCAGCAGUAUAAGAUGGCGCGGUACUGUGAGGAGAUGUUCGGGGACCUGUUACUGAAGCAGCCGCUGGAGCCUUUCCCCAUCGAGAGCGGGCGACCCCUGCCUUCCCCCACCGACCUCAAGAGGAAGAUCCUGAUCAAAAACAAGCGCUUGAAACCGGAAGUAGAACAGAAGCAGCUGGAGUCCUUUAAGAAGCACAUGGAGGCGGGAGAGAGCAGCAGCCCGGCCAACAUCCUGGAGGACGACAACGAGGAGGACCUGGAGAUCGCUGACGGUAAAGAGGGGAACCCUGAGCCCGGUGACAAGGAAACGCACGUCAACAGCGUGAAAAAGCUUCCUGACGACGAGGCCACAGAAGUAUCGGAGGUCACGGAAGCGACAGACGUGACAGACGUAUCGGAGUUUUCCGACCAGGACAACAACAAGAAGCAGGGCGGCGAGGCCAUGGAGGACGACGAGCAGGCCCUGAUCGCCUCCUACAAGUACGUGGGGGCCACAACCAACAUCCACCCCUACCUCUCCGCCAUGGUCAACUAUGCCCAGCCCGUCAAGUUCCAGAGCUUCGAGGUGGCAGAAGAGCGAAAUGUCCACCACAACAUGUCCUCCUUCAACGAGUCUGUGGGCCUGGGCUACCUGAAGACCAACGCUCUGGAGUUUGUCAACUACAAUAAGAGGCAGAUGAGCCGUAUCUACCCCAAAGGCGGCCGGGUGGACUCCAGCAAUUACAUGCCUCAGAUCUUCUGGAACGCAGGCUGCCAGAUGGUGUCCCUCAACUUCCAGACCCCAGAUCUGGCCAUGCAGCUGAACCAGGGCAAGUUUGAGUAUAACGGGGCGUGUGGGUACCUGCUGAAGCCCGACUUCAUGCGGCGUUCUGACAGGAUGUUCGAUCCGUUCUCUGAAACCCCUGUGGAUGGUGUGAUCGCUGCCACCUGCAGUGUGGAGGUGUUCUCGGGCCAGUUCCUGUCGGAUAAGAAGAUCGGCUCGUACGUGGAGGUGGACAUGUACGGGCUGCCCACGGACACCAUCCGCAAGGAGUUCCGCACGCGCAUGGUGAUGAACAACGGCCUGAACCCGGCCUACAACGAGGAGCCCUUCGUCUUCCGCAAGGUGAUCCUGCCGGACCUGGCUGUGCUCAGGAUCGCCGUGUACGACGACAACAACAAGCUGAUUGGCCAGCGCAUCCUGCCGCUGGACGGGCUGCAGGCGGGGUACCGCCACAUCUCCCUGCGCAACGAGGGCAACAAGCCGCUGUCGCUGCCCACCGUCUUCUGCAACAUCGUGCUCAAGACCUACGUGCCCGACGGCUUCGGGGAGAUCGUGGACGCCCUGUCUGACCCAAAGAAGUUCCUGUCAAUCGCAGAAAAGAGGGCGGACCAAAUGAGGGCCUUGGGGAUCGAAACCAGUGACAUCGCCGACGUGCCGAACGACAGCUCUAAGAACGAUAAGAAGGGCAAGGUGAACCAGGUGAAGGCCAACGUGACCCCCCAGACCAGCUCAGAGACGGGGCAGCCCACCGCCAACCAGACCGUCUCCAACGAACCCAGGAAAGAUAUGGGUGGUCUGGUGCCGCAGACCAGCAUCGAAGACUUGAAACAGAUGAAGACGUACCUGAAACUGAUAAAGAAACAACAAAAAGACCUGAACUCAUUGAAGAAGAAGCACGCAAAGGAUCACAGUGCAAUGCAGAAGAUCCACUGCUCCCAGGUGGAUAAGAUAGUAGCUCAACAUGACAAGGACAAGCUGGUCCACGAAAAACUGCUGGAAAAGGCCAUCAAGAAGAAAGGAGAGAAUAACUGCCUUGAACUGAAGAAGGAAACAGAAAUCAAAGUCCAGACACUGACCUCUGACCACAAGGCAAAGGUGAAGGAGUUGGUGGCCCAGCACACGAAGGAGUGGUCGGACAUGAUAAACUCACACAGCGCGGAGGAGCAGGACCUGAAGGACCAGCACGUCCUGCAGCAGUGUGAGCAGCUGAGGAAGCUGAUGCUGGCAGUGCAGGAGCAGCAGACUGCGCAGCUCAAACUCAUCCACGAACGACAGAGCAAAGAGAUGCGCGCCAACCAGGCCAAGUCAUCCAUGGAGAACUGCAAGGCCAUCAGCCAGGACAAGAGCAUCAAAAACAAGGCCGAGAGGGAGAGGAGAGUACGGGAGCUGAACAGCAGCAACACAAAAAAGUUCCUUGAGGAAAGGAAAAGGCUGGCCAUGAAGCAGUCGAAGGAGAUGGAGCAGCUGGAGAAGAGUCAGCGUGAGCAGCUGGACAACCUGGAGAAAGCCAACGAGCAGCACUUGAAAGCACAUGAACAGUCUAAGUGCCAAGGCGAAGGACAUGCAGCAGAUGGUGAAGCUGGAGGCACAGAUGGACCGCAGACCAGCCACAGUGGUGUGAAGUACCCGCCCACUAACUGAGUCAGGCCCCGCCCGUGGCCACACCCACCCAGAAACCCCCGCCCCCCUGGCCCCUCCCCCUGCCACUGUCCCCAGUGCUGCCGGAGGGGCGGGGUCAGGGGGCCGCUCCGUACAGAAACACCUCCACCUCACCCGAUACCCAACAGCGCCGCCCUGGAGGUGUGACUCACCUGACAACUGCGGAGCUUCACCUGCAGCCUCCACUCGCCAUCUCUGCUGGCCUCCAUCUUCUCUCAUUUUAGCACCAUUUUAUAUAGGUUUUUUUAAUGCAUCGUUGUCUGCAAAUAGCAAUAUUUGUUGGACGUGAGAUUAUCUGUUUUUACCUACCUGUCAAUGGUUUUAUGUCACCUGGGUUUUAGGCCUAAUAUAUUCAAAGAAUAUUUUUAAACCUUUUUUUUCUUCUUCUUUUUUUUGUUAAGUUUGUUUAUAUGUUAGUGCAUAAUCACUGUAGCUGCACCAUAACAAUAAUAAUGGAAAAAGAAAGUAUCUGAAUAAUCGGCAUUCGCUAAAAGUUGAGUAUUACGUUAUGGGCACUUUGAAAAACUCCAGGCUGUGAAGGAGGUUCAAAUGUAGCGAUGCACUGGGAUAAUCUGUGAGUUGAGCGUAUCGUAUGUGGAAUGUACAAGGUCAUAACUCUACGGGUGGCUGAAAGAAAAAUGUGCAAAAAUAUUUAACACUGAAGGAAUCCCCUAAGAUGGCGGCUGCUGUUCCACAAGCAUUUCACCCCUGAUCUCUGACCAGCGUUCCCCAUUUAUUCCCCUUUUUAGAAAAACGUCUUAAAAAUGUUUUUACAUCACAGACACUGUCAGAGGAACGGAACACUUAUUUACCACGCUCUUAUUUAUUUGUAUUAUUUAUUUAUUUUUUUGGAAGUUUUUCACCCAAAUUUUUUAUCGUUCAUUUCCUCCAAGUUGUGAUCGAUAAGUCGAUAAGCACCCUGGUCUUGCCGCCAGUUUGUGAGAACGCAGACACUCUCCUCCAAACACGACGGCUGUUAGCUGGUCCACAGUGGAGCUAGCAAACAGUCAUUGUGCCAAAGGAUUGCAGUUCAGAGUUCAAAACUGCUGGUUCCCACUGCAGCGCGCACACACACACACACACACACACACAUUAGCACACGCUCAGUUUCAUAAACGCUUUAAUAACAUGCACAGACACACAUCCAUAAACACACUCUCGCUCACACACGCAUUCAUAAACGCACAUGCAGAGGACUGACGCUUAGUUUGCUGCUCAAUAAUACCAGUAUAAUGGAAACAGAUGAGAAGUGAUGUCAUCACUUCAGACAGGCUAAUUACUGGCUAACUAAACUCCCAUAUCCCCCAAUCAGUACACAGACUACUGCCAUUACAUUCUGUACGACUGUGAAUAGUAUUUGUGUGUGUGUGUGUGUGUGUGUGUUCAUGGUGCUGAUCACGGUACUUUCAAGACGGUACUUGUCCCAGAUUUGACCUGGAAUGACUUCGUGAGUAGAAUGUUGUGGUUUGGGUGCUGUUGCCGAGCGACUGACUGACACGUACCGUCACGUGUGGAGCAGGGGAGCACCGUUACCAUGGUAAACUUCAUUAGGUGGCGUUGCUGCUGUCCUGAAAAAACAGCAAGACAAUUAAUAAUGUACAGUCACGUGCCAGAACCAGAAAUGCUGGGAAAAAAUUAUACACUGGGAAGAAUUACAUGCUACACUGACUGUAUUUGCUAACUAGCGCAGUUAGCACGGUUGUGUUCGCUAACUAGUGCAGUUAGCACGGUUGUGUUCGCUAACUACUGCAGUUAGCACGGUUGUGUUCGCUAACUAGCGCAGAACCGCAGCUGUAUUUGUUAACUAGUGCAGUUAGCACGGUUGUGUUCGCUAACUAGCGCAGUACCGCAGCUGUAUUUGUUAACUAGUGCAGUUAGCACGGAUGUAUUUGCUAGUGGGGGUAGUAGUGCAGUUCUGUUUGUGGACUAGCGCAGUACAGGGAGCUGGACCUUGUGAAGACAGCAGCAUUCUCCCUACGUGCCCCUCAGUACAAAAUCGGCUGUACUGGCCUGUGUGAAGGCUGUACUGGCCUGGGUAAUGGCUGUACUGGCCUGUGUGAAGGCUGUACUGGCCUGGGUAAUGGCUGUACUGGCCUGGGUAAUGGCUGUACUGGCCUGUGUGAAGGCUGUACUGGCCUGGGUAAUGGCUGUACUGGCCUGUGUGAAGGCUGUACUGGCCUGGGUAAUGGCUGUACUGGCCUGUGUGCAGGCUGUACUGGGCUGGGUAAUGGCUGCUCUCAGUGUUAAAGGCAAGGUUAGAUUGGAACGGGCCCCACUGACGGCUGGGUAGUAGUCCUCUGAUAGGGCGACUGCGUUACACCAAACUAUCCUGGCUUUUCUUGUAGUUUAGGGAUCUAACCAGAGAGAGAGAACUCCACACCCCCACCACCACCACCCUUAUAUUAACAUGUUGAACAACCAUAGGCAUUACAUUAUGGAGUGCUUUAGUGUGCACUACACAGUAUAUGUAAACUACAGUAUAUCCUUUAUGAAAACACCAUUACUUACACACAAGUGUACACUACAUUUCAGCAUUUUAUGCUGAAAGAUUUUAUUAGUGUUCACUCUUGUGACACCAGCGUCCAGUAGAGCGUAGUGUAGGGUGGUUCUGUGCUGCGGUAUCCUGCUGUAUCCUUGUGUUUCGUGUGCGAUGAACCCACAGUGCUGCCUGGGGGUCAGCGCACUGCGUCUGUGCCACGCACUGCAUGUUUCUGUCCAAUGACAGAGAAACCAGGUCACUGCUGUCCAAUGACAGACAGACAGCUGGUCACUGCUGUCCAAUCAGAGUGCUGAGUUUUUGUGAGUCUGGCAUGGUGAAUGUCUCUUAACUAUAGGCAGCUGUGUUCAUAGAUUAUUGGCCAAUGGCAAGACAUUAUUGAUUGACCAAAAGCUAAAAGUAUUUCCUUUCUAUUAAAGUACGAGAAUAGAGUAAAAUGUACCACUAUUUUUCUUUUCUUUUUCUACUGUUGUAGUACACAUAAUUCUAUAGAGACACUUUAUUGUAUAUACUGGAAUGUAUGUAGUUAUUUUCUGACCAAACGUGUUCUGCAGUAUAUCAGUAAUCUUAAGGGCUCUGGGACGAGGGCGUGUUCAUUACCCGGGAAGACAAUAAUCAUUUCAGUUAUUUCAGUUAUCUCUCCGUCUCCAUCCACCUUCCAGCAUCAUAACAGUAAAUUAUGGUCAUCACAUAUCUAGAGCGAUAUUAUAAGAAGUGCUUUUAUAUUCGAAUUUGCUAUUUGCUUUUACACUGAAAUGCGCCACUCAGUCCUAAAUCUGGUUGGACAUUUCAAGUUAUUCUACAAAUAAAUGCCAAAAUAAGGGGUAAUUUAUAUAUGAAUAAAUAUAUAUAAUAUAUAAAUAUGGAAAAUAUAGCAGGUAGUAUAAGACUAUAUUAGGGUUUGUUAUUAGAAUACUCUUUACACGUGUACGUUUUUUAUGUUGUGUGACCUCAUGUAACCAUUGCUAUGUAGUUGUAAAAGCAGAUUAUUUUUGCAAAAUAUUGUUGCUUUUACUUUUAAAACAAGUUUGUUUUUUCCUUUUUAUUUUAAUGUGUAGCUCGGUGAAGGAACAUCAUGUGAGUGUUUUUGUAUUUAUAAUUGUUAUUGUUGAAAUUCUAGCAACGGAAAUAAUGUUGUUCUUCUGCUACUUUAAUACUGUUUUAUAGUAUAUGUAUCAAUAAAUAAUCUAAAAGUAAAAAA